AUGCUGUGUUUUCUGACAGCAAAUUCAGCUUUCAGCAAAGCAACUCUUUGUCUGGCUUUUAUAUGUGCUGUAAUAGUGUGCAGUUCAGGGAACAGGGACGCUCCGAAAGUCCCUCUAAAGCCUGUGGACUGUUUACUGUCUGAAUGGUCUUCAUGGACACGCUGUGACCCCUGCCUGAAGAAAAGAUAUCGAUAUGCCACGCUGACUCGGCCAUCUGAGUUUGGAGGAGAAUCGUGUGAGAAUCACGGCAGACAGGAGGAGUCGUGCACUCCUCCAUCACAAUACUCCUGUCAGAAACCAGCUCCUCCAUGUCAGGGUUUCCGCUGUACCACCACAGGACGCUGUGUGUUGGAGGGUCUUCGCUGUAACGGUGAUGAUGACUGUGGGGACGGCUCUGAUGAACAGGGCUGUAAAAAAGUCCACAAAGCCUGUAAUCAGCCCACUGAGGAAUAUUAUGGAAUCGAGAACCUUGCCAAAGGAAUCAACAUCAUGAACGGCAAACUAGAAGCAGUGGUGCUUGAUAACCGCUACUAUGCCGGUGGAUGUCUGCCGCAUUUUAUCCAGGAUGUUCGAUACAGAAAGCCAUAUAACCUACAACAGUACACAAUAGAGACAAAAGGCUCCCUGGAUUAUAAAAUGGAGGGGUUUGAGACAUUCAGUGAAUACUUCAGCAGUGAAAGCAAAUCAACUCUGUCCGAGACCAGUGUUUCUAUUGGAAUAAAGAUUCCUUCUGUGUUUGAGUUCGGUUUUAAGUACAAUGACCACCACUAUAAGAAAUCAGCGAAGAAGAUGCGGCGUUAUUCUGAAAUGAAAAAGAAAUUUGUCCGUGCGUACUCUGAACUUGUGGUGGCACGCUAUGCGUUGAAGUCCUCAAACUUGAUGUUACACCCAGAAUUCCUGUCCCGCCUUAAUGCCCUGCCGCUGGAAUACACAUAUGGAGAAUACCGGCAACUCUACCAUGACUACGGGACACAUUUUGUCAAGGAGGCAACGCUCGGGGGAAACUUCGACUAUACCCUCGUCCUCAAUGAAGAGAAACUGGAGAAAGCGGGCUACACCCUCAGUGAUGCUAAAACAUGUGUGAAUGCUGGUCUAAAACUCGGGGCCAACAUAAAGGGAGUGUAUGUGAGUGGAGGAGUCUCAGGUGGUGGCUGUGAUGCCUUGCUAAAGGAGUUUGGAGAGUCCAGUAAAACUAAUGAAAUCGUGGAAGACGUUAUUAUCGUGGUGAGGGGAGGUGACAGUGAGAGUGUUUCGCGUCUAGCUGCAAAAAAACUACCAGCUCCAAGUGACAUGCAGCUGUGGGGCGAUGCUGUCUUCUAUAAUCCAGAUUUUUUAAACAGGAAGGUGGAACCGCUGUACGAGCUGGUGUCGGCACGAGACUUCUCCAGCGCUAACAUUCUGAAGAAGAACCUGAGAAGAUCUCUGGCCGAGUACAUGAGAGAAAUCAGUUCCUGCCAGUGCUCUCCCUGUCUCAAUAACGGCGUGCCGGUCCUCAAAGGCACAAGGUGUCUGUGCAUUUGUCCACCCGGUUUCAAAGGCGUGAGCUGUGAGAUCACCCAGAGAAAAGCAUUGGCAGUAGAUGCCAGUUGGAGUUGCUGGUCUUCGUGGUCCGCCUGUACAGGGAGAACCCAGCACCGGACACGCCAGUGUGACAAUCCGGCCCCGCAGAGCGGCGGGAUGACCUGUCUGGGACCUCAAGAGGAAUCUGCCGAUUGCAUCUGAACUACACGCCACCAUUUCUC